AUGCAAUCGCCAGACCAGCUAGCGAAUCUCUGCAAUGCCGGGCCGGAGGGCGACAGGAAGGGAUGGAACCCGGGAGCGGUGGUGAAGGUGAUGAACCUUCUGAUGUCGCAGCAGGCGAGCGAUAUGCCAGAUCGCAUAACUCGCGCCGUGGACGAGAUGCUGGCCGAGUUCCCACAGGGGCUGGUCAUCAGCGCGCUGGCCCCGCUGUUCGCCGUCACCGAGCAGCUGCUGCUGCGCUCGCGCGAGAACGAGGGCUACUUGUCGCUCAUCUGCCGCGUGGUGGAGCUGCUGGGCCUGCCGCUCUGGAAGGAGCGCGAGACGAUCUCGGCCGACCACUGGGAGUUUGUCGUCCAGGUGGGCAGCGUGCUCGGCUGCCUGCUGAAGGAGUGCCACCAGCCUCGCGUGCGUCUGGCCGUGUGCCGCGCGCUGGGAGUCAUCAUUCCCGGCCGGGCGGAGCGCCGCUGUGCGCACCAGUUCCGUUUCAAGGCGCUCAGCUGUGACGAGUACCUGCUGGCGCUGGAGGAGAGCAGCAUCGGCGAGUCGCUCAUGGAGGCGAUGCGCGGCGUGGAGGAGGAGGGCCUCUACAUGGAGAUGCUGAAGGUGCUGCUGGCGCUCUGCUACCGCUCGGAGCGCAACUGCCGCAACAUGGUGGACGCCGAGCUGCCGCACGUCAUCACCCAGCGCAUGCUCUGGACCGACGACGUCCUCUUCGUCACCGCCGAGGUGCUCAUCCAGAUGAUGGUGACGUUCUCGAGCGCCGACCAGCCGGAGAGCAUUCUGAAGCAGCUGGCGUGCCGGCCGUGCGUGAGCACGCUGCGCGCGGCGCUCCAUCACCAGCUGCGCUCUGUGCAGUCGGUGGUGAACCGGCAGCUGCGCAAUGACAUCCUGACACUGUCCGUGUCGGUGGCGCGUCUGUGCCCGCCCGUCCCGCUGGUCGAGACCGGCUUGGCCGCCGACCUGCUCCACCUGGCCGUGCACACCGAGCUCAAGUCGGAGCGCAGCCCCUUCAGCUACCUGCAGCUGCUCACCUCCAGCGAGGACUUUGAAAUGAAGAAGCUGCUGCUGGUGCUGCCAGCGCUGCUGCUGCGCACCACCGUCACCAUAUCGAUGCUGAGCGAGCACCAGGUGAUGCUGUCGCUGCUGAUGCUGAUCUCGCGCGACCUCCGACCGUCGUUCGCGUACAACAGCGCCGUCAGCUGGACGGAGCCGCAGUUCCGCGAGCUGCAGCUGCUGGCACUGCGCACGCUGGCCGCCAUCAUCGCCAGCCUACCGGAGGACGCGCUCCAGUACCGCGCCGGCACGCGGCUGCUGCUCUACCUGACCAGCUACCUGGACGGCUCGCCGCUGGUGACGGUCGACCACCUGCAGGCGUGCAUGCAGGCGCUGCACAACGCGGCCGCCAGCGGCGAGCCGGCGCUGCUGGCUGACCUCGCCGACCAGGACGCCGUCAGCCUGAUGACCACCUUCCUGCGGCACCCGCGCGUGCUGGCGCUCGCCGCCGGACCGCAGCGUAUGGCAUACGUGGCGCUGGCCACCGAGUGUCUGGCCAUCCUGUCGUUCCUCUGCGAUGAGGAUCCGCACCGCAAGAGUCUGUUCGGCAGUCGCGGCGUGGACGCUCUGCUGAGUACGCUCCUGGAGACGACGCGUCAGCGCUGCCGCCUCGGACCGCGCCACUACACGGUCAUCGUGAACGCCAUGGAUGCCGUCUGGUCGUGCGUGACCGGCUGCGCCAGCAACGAGAACGAGUUCCUGAUGCGCGGCGGCUGCGACACGCUGCUGGACCUGACGGACGCCGGAGGCCUGGGCCUGCUGAAGCUGCAGACGCUCGGCUGCCUGCUGCGUCUCUGCGACACCUGCCCGGCGGCGGCCAAGUUCAUCCUGCGCUGGCGCGGCUCCGGCGGCCGCACCUGCGUGCAGCUGCUGAUGGCGCUCUGGCGCCAGGAGGAGGAUGCCCUCGGCUGUCACACAGACGCUGACGGCAUCAUCACAGACCUGGAGCAGCCGCUGCGUGGAGCGCUCCAGCCGCUGGAGCCAUUCAGCGCAGCGCCAGAACCGGUCGCCGUCGCCGAGAUGGUCGGCAAGAUGCGCCCUAAGAUCUUCGGCAUCAUCGAGCACCUGAAGCAGGUGCGCGGCGACGAUGGUCUGUUUGUGAGGGAGCUGACCGACAUCGACGUGCGCGACCAGGUAACCAUGGCGCUGGUGGAGAGCUACCUGGACCUGAAGGAGGGCGAGGUGUGUGCCGAGCUGCGUGCCCAGGUGGCCAGUCAGGGCGUCAAGCCGGUGCUGGCCGACCGGCUGAUGCUCGACGACCUGCGCGUCAUCGGCCGCGAGAAGAGCCAGUACGCCCAGAGCCUGCAGACGGACCUGCGCAGCGCCGCGCUGCGCCGACACGUGGCCGACGAGCGGCAGUUCUUCGAGCGGCUGAAGCGUCUGGAGAUGCAGGAGCUGCUGGCAAUCCGGCGAGUCUCCGAGUACAUCGCGCGCACCAGCUGCCACCGGGUACUGGCGCAGGCCAAGCGCCGCCAGGAGCAAGAGGUGCAGGACACCACGUGCCAGCCGGGGCCCGGCAAGUACUACCGCACCCUGCAGCGGAGCACCAACGUCACCGUGUUCAGCGCGCGCCACCUGGACAUCCAGCUGACGCCGCGGGACAACAAGUUCGACGACGACGAGCCGCUCACCCCGGAUACCGACUCGGACUCCACGCAGAACCUCAGCAGGUUCUGA